GUGUCGUUCGUGCUACUCAGUCGCUAGUCGCUCCGCCGCUGGUAAUCCGGCCAUGCGAUUCAGGAGCCAUUACACUAUCAAAUUUCAAUCGAUUCGCACGUGCGUACGUUAGUACAAUUUUUAUAUAUAUAUACUUAUGACGUAUAUAAAUAGUGUUCUAAUUUUAUUCGUGCGAAAUAUGAUGUGGUUUACGACGUGACAUGGUCGACGGAUUUUAUUAUGGCGGGUCUAUUAAGAGUACCACAUUACCGGCAUAGUGGCGAGAAUAGUAGGCGAACCGGUCCCGAAGAAGGGAUCGAUAAUUUGUUGCUGGUGCCGGAGAGUGUGCUGGAUAUGGACGGCAAUCAACUUAGGGACGACUUGAACGGAUUAAGAUUUGCAUUUCAAAAACAAUAUCUGCAGGCGGAUCUCGGUCCCCAGGGAAAUAUUUGGAUAUCAGGAGUGACCACUGUUAACUCUGACAACCGGCCAAGUACGGCACCAACACCACCUCAAAAUUCUUCUAGAGCAGGCGGACUUCAUUGGUUUGCCCAUGGUGCAGAAUCAUUUGACUUUUAUGAUGAAACAGACGAAACAGGAAAAGAAAAUGCAGUCAAAGACCGCGAAGAACGAUUACGACUUGUUCGUGAAAAACACGAUGAAGAACGUCAAAGAAAACUCGAUGAACUCAAACAACAGGCACUGGCUGUACAAAGGUAUCGAGAACAAAAAGAGGAGGAAAGACGGAGACGUUUAGAUGAAAUGCGUUCACGAGAUUCUGAAAGGCGACAGCAAGUGGAAGAAAGAAAAAGACAAUUGUUUGAAGCCGAGAGAGAGAAACGAGACGCUAUACUAAAAAAAAAUCUAGAACGCGAGGCCAGAAUUGUGUCAAAAAGAAGAAAUGAGCGUAGUUCAAUUGUUUUUGCAUUCGGAAGUUCGACGCCUCGCAUGCUUGAACCAUCAGAAACCGGCGGAUCGUACUGGGCUAGUCGCAGAGCUACAUCUACCAGCAAUGUGAUGAUGCUGAGCAGUACAACUCCCAUGGGCCCUCUGACAAGGAGGUCGUCAGAGCGCGAGCUGAACGAAUGUUCUGGGAAAAAAAGGGCUGCUUCAGCUGGCGGUCUGUCGAACCGCAGUACUGACGAUUUUUCAGAGUACAAUAAUAAGAGACAUUCCGUAAUGGAUGUUUUGCGUUGGAGUGAUAUGUGUUACCCUGUUAUCCCAGAAUACCCUGUAGAUGUGGGGUGUGAAGGCGGUGAUGGGAGCGCCGAACGGAGGGCGGCCAGACGGAAGACGGACCUGAUGCCCACCAUCGUGUCCCCGCGUGACCUGACGCCCUGCAGCCGUCCCGGAUCGUCCAGUUCGUCCCGUCGGUCACCAGGUAGGGCGAGUUCGAUGACUCGGCUGGACGGCACCGCAGCCACCGCUUUCGGCGGCGGAGGCGUACGACUACUGUCGUCGGCGCGCAGCAUGAGCCACUUGGCCGGCGGCGGCGGGCGAUCUGUUGUUUUAGGUGCCAACAAGGAUCGCUCGACGCACCACCGUAGUAUGAUCGCCUUGAACCCGGUGCCGCCGCCCAGACCCACCAGAGCCGAGCGACUGCGCAAGCGCGCCAGAGAAUUCGCAAACGGCGGUGGUGCAGGCAUGAAAUCUGGUGAAAUGACGCCGAAUCGACCCCAGAGUUCCAUGAGUCAGUCGAGCACUGGACCUUUGCCAACGCAACCGAGGUCCAGGCCCGUGGCGACGCCACGCAAACCACGACCAAUCAGUAUAGCUGUGACCGGCGUCACAUCCGAUCCACCCGCAAAGUCUCCGGCCACUGGUGAAAGACCGCCACUGCCCAAAGUGAAUGUUACCAAAAAGUCGAUUACCCCUAAGGUGGAGACGAAAAAGUUCCCCAACGACAAUACGAAACAGCAGUCAUCGACGGCUGUGAAGGACAAAAAUAAAAACGCAAAGAAUUCUACUGAAACUUCCGAUAACGUCGAAUCUUCUGAUCAGCAGCACACCACUGCGGUGGUAUCCAAAGACGAAGACAGUCAUCGUGAAAAUUCGAUACAAGGGUCGGUGAAUGACCUGGCUGAAUGCGACAUGACCGCUUCGAUGUUGGCUACGAAACAGAAGAUCUCGACGGAAGAAGAAGCCAAGGCCGCGUUGGCGGAACGCAGAAAACUGGCGCGUGAACAAGCAGAGAGAGACGCGGAGUUAGAAAGACAACGAUUGGAAGCCGAGCGAUUGGCAGAAGAAGAACGUUUGCGUUGUGAAGAAGAAGAACAACGCCGGCAAGAAGAAGAACAACUGCGAAUGCUGGAAGAGGCUCGGAAAUCCGAAGAGUUGCGGUUGCAGUUGGCCAUCGAAGAGACGAAAAAACGCGAAGAAGAAGAUAAAAAACGGAAAGAGGAAGAGCACAAGUUGAAACUGGAGAAGGAAGAAGCUGACCGCAAAGCAAAAGAAGAAGCAGAAAAGCUGAGACAAGAGAUGGAAAUCAAAUUGAAAAAGGAGGAAGAAGACAGGCAGCUUAGACGUAAACGAGUCGAAGCCAUCAUGCUACGGACUAGGAACCAAGGCAAAGGAAACGCGUCGACUAAAGAAGAGACUGAAUCUGCCGAGCAACACGCCGGUGAGAAUAAAACGGAAAAACCGUCGUCUGACCCGAUGACGACUAGUCAAGGACCGGUAUCCGAGACCGAUGCGAUGCUGAACGCCGAGAGGGUUCAUUCGUCGUCAUCGACGACGUCAUCAGCAUCCUCGUCGCCAACAUCACCGACCGGCGAUACGCAGUCUAACGGAUUGCUUCCGGUAGAAACUUCCGGUUCCAAACAAAACGGCCGUGCAGACAACUCGGCGGUGCAUCAAAGCAAUGGCUGCCUUCCGACGGCAAACGGUGGCACCGUUUUCAGCUCGGAAGUACAAUUAAACAACGUGACUAACAAUCUGCUAGAUUUAUCGUUGGAACCUAUUCCGUCUGACGCUCUGUCAACGCAACAAAUCAUUGAUAUCGGCAUGAGCAAGUGCAUUCAAGGCAACACCGCGGACUUUCCCGCGUACCAAGAAACUAAUAGAUCAGAACAACAAAUUGUCAAUGAUCUACUGUCUUAAUAAACACUAGAAGUGGAUGCGAUUGUUGUUGCGUUGUUGUGGGUAUUGUAUACUUGGCGGUAGAUUGAAGUAUUAAACACGAGUGCUACUUUUAUUGUUAUUUUAUUAUUUUUAUCUAAAUUAUUAAGUAGUUAAAAAGAAAAACUGAAAAAAAAGUAAAUCGUUCAAUAACAAUUAUUAUUAUUAUAAUUAUUAUUUAGACACGUCUAGACAUACUACUGCGAUAAAUAUCCAUCAUCUACUAUCUUAAACAAUAAUUUAAUAAAUCCUUUCUUUCUAAUACCUUUUCGUCUUCAUAAAUAUAUAAUAAUAAUAAUAAUAAUAAUAAUAGCUCUUAUCGUGUUAACUAUGAACACAUUUUAAUAUGUAUUGUUAUUAUCACGUUUAAUGUACAUUAAUAAUAAUACAAAUCUUUUGAUGUAUUAAUUAUAUAAAUAUAAAAACGACUUGAGAUCGCUUUGUCUUGAAGAAAAACCGUCCGAAUGUAUCUCGGUAAUGAAACAACGUGUUUAGCCAGUAACUCUAAACAAUUAAUGACAAGAUGAGCAUAAUAAUUAAUAUACAGGCGAUGUUAUUGUAUGGGUGUAUUGCCCAGUAAGAACUGUCUGAUUUUUUUUACUGUCUCUUAUAUAUAAAUUUAUAUUUUUUUUUUAGAAAUCUAUCCAGUACAACCCAUUGUACCACUCUGCUUUUAAUCCAACAAUUAUGUUGUGUAAAUUGUAUUGUUUCAAUAUUUUUAAAUACUUUUUUUUACAAAAUUUUUAAACCAACAUUAUAUCGUUUUUACAAUAUUAUUUGAUUUACUUUUGAUAAUGAUGUUGUUGUUGACCAAUGGUUGAUCUUAAGAAAACCACACAGCAACCAAUAGGGUGGGUGGAGGUUUAGGGGAAGCUGUGUCUUAUGCAAUAGGUAAAUCAUUCUCCUGAGACUGCGUAGAAACGACUGAGCAAAAAUUGUGUCUUACACACACAAGAUUAAUUAUUAUCCAUCAACCUCCCUGAUCUCAAAAAAGUAUAAUUUAAUAAACACAUAUUUUUUAAUUGUUUCCAUAAUUAAUUGUUGCGAGUGAAUUAUUUUUUUGCAUACUCAGUUAUUUGUUUUACUGUGGUUAUUGAUUUGUGGAUUUUUUAAUUUCUCUAAAUAUUAUUCUAUAUCAGUGAUUUAUUAAGUUUGAGGUCUGUAGUCGUUAUCAUUGUUAAUAAUUUGUAACAUAGAUUAUAAUUGGCCCAAAAAAAAUCAUUAUGUUUUCCAACAAUUUAAUAAUCAGUAGUAGUAUGUGCAUGCGUGUAUGACAAUGUUUGUUGCAUGGAAAGACAAAGCCAUCUUAUAUGUUUAUUUUAUUUUAUCAUCAAUUUUUUUUUUAAUUAUUAAAAUUAAUAGUAACAAGGAAGAGCUCUAUAAAUACCUAAACUAAACGAACAUGUUAAUCAUUGAUUUUGUAAACUAAAUAGCGAUAUUAUUUUAUAUAACUAACAUUUUUAAUCGUCGCUAUUCAUAAUAAUAAUUGUUUUAUUUUUAUUAUUAUUUUUAAUUACUUUUUACUUUUUUUAUGUAAAAACAGUUUCUAAAUGUAAUUUUUAUUUAUAAUACCCCAAUAGACUAUUAUUGAAUUUUACGUUUAUUUUUCAGCCAUUAAUAUUAUAUAAAUAUAUUACCUUCUUUUUUUUUAAAAACUGAAUUCAUGUAAAACUUAGCAAAGUAUUUUUUUCAGUUUAUUGUUAAAAUGUAUGUUCAAUAAAAAGAAAAACGACUAAAGUAAUAUAUAUUAUAUAUUAUAUAAUUUGUAA